AUUACCAUUAUCUUACGGUUUUUCUGAAAAUAGCAUAAUAUUUUCGUUUGCCUAUCAUCGAAUGAAAGGAUAUGACUUUAAUGGCUUUGCGCAUAGUCCAAGUGAAUUUCCAAGCAGUGUUAAGAAAUGGUAUUUUACUCUGUAUGACAAUUCAGACGUGGAAAUGAGAUUUCGAACUACUCAAAUAGUAAAUACAGCAGAUGUGCAAGAUAUAUCGAUUGAAAAGCGACAAUGUCGAUUCUCAGACGAACGUUGGCCACUAAAUGCAUCACUUCCGUACAACUUUCAAUCGUGCUUGAUUUAUACUCGAGUUCAAAUAGAUUUGGAUUUGUGCAAUUGUACACUACACUUUGCACCGAUUGAAUAUGCGAAUCAAUACUGUAAUCAUAAACAGAUGGAAUGUAUCAAGAAACAUACUACGAAAUAUAUAGCAAAUGCGCAAAUGAUUUACAAACCAUGCCUUUCCACAUGUACUGAGAUGAAUAUUGAUUUAGUUGGGAAAAAACGUGUAUAUGAAAAAUCAAGAAACGUGUCGUCACUGACAAUUGAAGUAUUGAAUCAACCCACGAAACUUGUUCGUAAUGUCUCUUAUACAAAUCUUGAUCUCGUUGUUACCAUCGGAAAAUUGGUUGGCUAA